AUGUCUGUGGCACGAUCUGGAGGAGGUGGAGGUGGUUUUGGAAGGCUCAUCGGAGGAGGUGGCGGCGGUGGUGGCGGUUUUGGCAGCAGAAGCCUCUACAACCUUGGUGGUAGCAAGAGGAUAUCCUUCGGUGGUGGAUAUGGCUUUGGUGGAGGUGCUGGUGGACUUGGCUUUGGUGGUGGACAGGGAGGUGGUGGAGGGUUUGGCUUUGGUGGAGUAGGGGGGCUGGGAGGAUUUGGUGGAGGGCUGGGUGGUGGCAGGAGCCCAGCGGGAUUUGGUGGUGGCCCAGCUGGAGUUGGUACAAUCCAAGAAGUGACUGUCAACCAGAGCCUCCUGGCACCGCUGAACCUGGAGAUAGAUCCAAACAUCCAUCAGGUGCGAAAAGAUGAGAAGGAGCAAAUCAAGACCCUCAACAACAAGUUUGCUUCUUUCAUUGACAAGGUUCGCUUCCUGGAGCAGCAGAACAAGGUUCUUGAGACCAAAUGGACCCUCCUGCAGGACCAGGGUCAAAAAAACAACUCAGGCAAAAACAACCUGGACCCACUCUUUGAGGCUUACAUCAACAACCUGAAACGGCAGCUGGCCAACCUGCUCAACGAGAGAGGACGCAUGGACGGGGAGCUGAAGAACAUGCAAGACCUCGUUGAGGAUUUCAAGAACAAAUAUGAAGAGGAAAUCAACCGACGCACAGCAGCAGAGAAUGAAUUUGUGGUGCUGAAGAAGGACGUGGAUGCUGCUUACAUGAAUAAGGUGGAGCUGGAGGCCAAGGUGGAUGCUCUGACUGAUGAACUCAGUUUCCUCCGAGCCCUCUAUGAUGCGGAGCUGGCUCAGCUCAGUGCGCAAGUGUCCGACACCGCUGUCAUUCUGUCAAUGGACAACAACCGGGACCUGGACCUCAGCAGCAUCAUCACUGAAGUCAAAGCUCAGUAUGAAGACAUUGCUAACAGGAGCCGGGCCGAGGCAGAGGCUUGGUACCAAACCAAGUUCGAGGAGCUUCAGGCCACGGCUGGGAAGCAUGGGGAUGACCUGCGCAACACAAAGGGGGAAAUCUCUGAGCUCAACCGGCUGAUCCAGAGGAUCCGGUCAGAGAUAGAGAACAUGAGGAACCAGUGUGCCACCCUGCAGACAGCCAUCGGAGACUCCGAGGAGCGUGGGGAGCUGGCCCUCAAAGAUGCCAAGGCAAAGAUGAUUGACCUGGAAGAUGCCCUGCAGAAAGCCAAAGCUGACAUGGCCCGGCAGCUCCGCGAGUACCAGGAGCUCAUGAACGUCAAGCUGGCCCUGGACAUCGAGAUCGCGACCUACAGGAAGCUGCUGGAGGGAGAAGAGAGCAGGCUGAGCGGAGAGGGACUGAACCCCAUCAGCUACUCUGUCAUCAGCUCCAGCUCUGGCAUGGCUGGUGGAGCUGGGUUAGGAGGAGGAUUUGGUGGACUGAGCCUAAGCGGAGGAGGCGGUGGAAGCAGUUUCAGUCUUGGAGGAGGUGGUGGAAGCGGUUUCAGUCUUGGAGGAGGUGGUGGAAGCGGUUUCGGUCUUGGAGGAGGUGGUGGAAGCGGUUUCGGUCUUGGAGGAGGUGGUGGAAGUGGUUUUGGUCUUGGAGGAGGCGGCGGAAGCGGUUUUGGUCUUGGAGGUGGCGGCGGCGGCAGCGGAGGCUACAGCUUUGGAAGCGGAGGAGGACUUGGACUGGGGGGUGGUGGUGGUGGUGGUCUCGGAGCUGGAUUUGGAGGAGGCAGUGGUCUCGGCUACGGAGGUGGUGGCAGCAGCAGUCUGAGCACUGGUGGAGGGAAUUUCAGCUCUGGAAGUGCAAAGGGCACCAACCCAGGUGUGAAAAUUGUCUCUAAAACCUCCUCCAGCAAAAAGAGCAUAAAAAGCCAAAGCCUGAAGAAUGCUACACAGCCCGAGUAA